AGAUCCAAGACACUCAAGACAACGGUGUCAAAUUAUUCUGGGAGAAAUUUCGAAGUACAAAUAGGUGAAGUCGAUUUUUUUGUGAGACAAUUGCUGAAUUGAAUUGCCUGUAAAUUUCAAGUCUCAAAAUGUCCCACACUUGCCCGGUCCAUAAUAAGGACUCCAAUGCUUUAGUCAUCGCCAAAUCGGCUAAUUCGGACGACACCAAGAUCGCGAUGUGCGCCUCGUUGGAGUUGGACAACUGCCGGGCGGAGAACUCGCAGCUCAAGAAGAAGUUGAUCGAGUACGAGGCCACGAUCAGGAGCCUCGAGCAGCUGGUGGCCACCAUUGCCGAGAAGCAGCACCAGAUCCUCAGCGAGGUGGUGGAGCUGCGCAAGGAGAGUCGUGCCGCAUCGAUGGAACUCACUCCCCAGGAGGACACGUCAGGCAACUCGUCCGUGAUCCUGCAGAAUGACGACGGCGAUGAGGAUGGCUACAGGCCGGAUUCGGAAUCGGAGGCCAACGAUACACAGUCUCCGGUUCUUUCUGCCCACUCCUCGACGGCAUCGCUGGUUUCUUUAUGCUUUUCAUCGACCAGCUCACUGGGAACGUCCUUGGUCGAUGGUAGCUCGGAUUCCGAGUAUGAGAGGAAUCUAUAUAACGAAUUGGAAUUGGAGUGCUAUCCCGACCACGAGUCGGAUCAAUCGGAGGAGAAUGGGGAAGCCGAACCGCUUCCAAACACACCAACUCCCGAAAUUCUGCAGCAACAAGAUUACACCUCUGAGUCCGAUACCGAACCAUGAGCUCACUGCUGAUAUAAUAUUUACUGAAA